AUGAGCAACAAAAAGUUCACAGGGGCUCCAUUUGGAACACAGUCUGCAAGGUUUGAUGUUUCAGGAGUCUACCCAUCCAAAAAGAAGAUUGGCACGUUCACAGAGAUCAACCACUGCAAGAGACUGAUAAGUGACUUGAAGCGUAACCUGGGUCCAGGUCGGUAUGAGGUGGACACAGGGGACUUCAGCCCCCAGGUAGUCCAGAGCAGGGCCAUGGGACCAGGAUGGAAGAGGGGGCAGGAGAUGGCCCAGCAGGCUCAGAUGCCCCACCUGCUGUAUAGAGACACAUGGUUGACCAACCGCUUCCUGAAGCAAACUACUCCAGGCCCAGGGACUUAUGGGAAGGGGGGCAUCCCAUCUGGGCUGCUGGAUGAGAGGAGGAGGAAGCCGAUUGGCUCCUGUCCCAUGAUGGACUUCAGUGCUGGAGUGGAACGCUUCCCAGACCUCAUAGUGGACUCUGGUCUGUGUCCUGGUACCUACAACUUACCGACCUUCACUGAGGUGCUCCUUAGUCGCCACAUCAGCAAACGAGGUCCCUACGACCUCUUCACUGGCCGACGAGACAAGCCAAUCACCUGUGGAUAUGUUGCUGCCCCGAAAAAAGCCAAUCUGAAUCUGGCUACGGUCGCCAAGCCAGCAAAGGUCUUAUGUGAGGACGUUCUGCGACCAGAGAAAAGACACCACGGCAAGUUUGGCACCCUAGAGCAGUACCCUUCCCUCCCUACAGAACGCAUCUACCUGGGUUCCCUGCCCCAGUACCCACGGCCAGCGCAGAGACACUCUGGUCAUGGAUUCUAUGAAGAUGUUGGUCUGCCCAAAGUGGAGAACCGCAACCCUCCUCCCUUCCUCUCCUCCUCUCCUCGUAUCACCCUGAGGGCCGAGAGGCUGAUGCAGGGGAACUAUACCACAGUAGGAGUGGGCCGUUACAACCUGGCUAAGAAGCGAACGAGGAAAAGUCUAAAGAAAAGCGUUAACGCUGGCUAUCGCUACGUCUUCAAGUCCCGCAUGCCCAGAUAUCUACAUGACCUGCACAAGGACAACUUCAACCAGGAGAGGCUGAAACCCAUCAACAUUCCCCCACAUAGGAUGCCCUAUUAUCGGCCGCCAGAUGAGGUUUCGGCCGCUGCAGCUCUACACUCCUCAGGACUCUGGUCUGUGUCCUGGUGCCUACAAUUUACCGACCUUCACUGAGGUGCUCCUCAGUCGCCACAUCAGCAAACGAGGACCCUACGACCUCUUCACUGGAGACGGAAUAAGAAGAAGACAUGCACAUGUAAAUAUUUACAGUGGAUCAUACCCAGGAUGUACU